GGGUGUCCGGCGCAGGGGGCGGCGCCCUCCGCGGCUCCGUGACUGCGCCUCUGCGCCCCCGGCUCGUCGCGGCUCCCGGGAUGCGCGGAGGCAGCGAUGGCGAUGGUACCUGGAGCUCUGGCUCAUCCCCGGCGGCGCGCAGAACUGGGGUCCGGGUUGCGAGAUGGAGGAGGAGGGGCGCAACUGCAGCCACCCGGCAGGAUUUGCCUUUUUGUGUGCAGGCCUUUCUGCCUCGGGUCUCUUUUGUCAUGUUUCGCUCACCUGUGAGUCUGAGGCCCUGACUCCCUUCCCACAGAAGGAAGAGACCUUUCGCUCUGAAGAUGAACUCAACAGACCACCUCCAGGAUGCUCCCAACACCACCUUGCUCCCCGAGCCUCACUUCCCGGGGGGGAACCAUACGGCUCUCCAGGCGGACCCCCAUGGUCUCACCCACACGGCCACUUUGGUAACCUGUACUUUUCUACUCGCAGUCAUCUUCUGCUUGGGCUCUUAUGGCAACUUCAUUGUCUUCUUGUCCUUCUUUGAUCCAGCCUUCAGGAAAUUCAGAACCAACUUUGAUUUCAUGAUCCUGAACCUGUCCUUCUGCGACCUCUUCAUCUGUGGAGUGACGGCCCCCAUGUUCACCUUUGUGUUAUUCUUCAGCUCAGUCGGGAGCAUCCCGGAUGCUUUCUGCUUCACCUUCCACCUCACCAGUUCUGGCUUCAUCCUCAUGUCCCUGAAGACAGUGGCAGUGAUCGCCCUGCACCGGCUCCGCAUGGUGCUGGGGAAGCAGCCGAACCACUUGGCCUCCUUUCCCUGCACCUUGCUCCUCACGGUGCUUCUCUGGGCCACCAGUUUCACCCUCGCCACCUUGGCCACCCUGAAAACCAGCAAGUCCCACCUCUGCCUUCCCAUGUCUAGUCUGGUUGCUGGAGAAGGGAAAGCCGUUCUGUCUCUCUACGUGGUCGACUUCACCUUUUGCGUUGCCGUGGUGUCUGUCUCGUACAUCAUGAUUGCUCAGACCCUGUGGAAAAAUGCCCAAGUCAGAAAGUGCCCCCCUGUAAUCACAGUUGAUGCUUCCAGGCCACAGCCUUUUGUGGGGGCGCCUGUGAAGGGAGGUGGAGAUCCUGCCCACUGCACCAUGCCAGCCCUCUACAGGAACCAGAACUACAACAAACUGCAGCACAUGCAGACCCAUGGAUACACCAAGAGCCCUAAUCUGCUGCCAACCCCUGCAGCCAGCCGACUCCAGCUGGUCUCAGCUGUCAAUCUCUCCACGGCUAAGGAUUCCAAAGCGGUGGUCACCUGCGUGAUCAUCGUGCUGUCUGUCCUGGUGUGCUGCCUUCCACUGGGGAUUUCCUUGGUGCAGGUGGUUCUGUCCAGAAGUGGGAGCUUUGUCCUAUACCAGUUUGAACUGUUGGGAUUCACCCUUAUAUUUUUCAAGUCAGGAUUAAACCCUUUUAUAUAUUCUCGGAACAGUGCGGGGCUGAGAAGGAAAGUGCUCUGGUGCCUCCAGUACGUAGGCCUGGGUUUUUUCUGCUGCAAACAGAAGACUCGUCUUCGAGCCAUGGGCAAAGGGAACCUCGAAGUCAACAGAAACAAAUCCUCCCAUCAUGAAACAAACUCUGCCUACAUGUUGUCUCCAAAGCCCCAGAAGAAAUUUGUGGACCAGGCUUGUGGCCCAAGUCAGUCGAAGGAAAGUGUGGUCAGUCCCAAGCUCUCGGCUGGACAGCAACACUACGGUCAGAGCAGCUCAACGCCGGUCAACACUCGGAUUGAGCCAUACUACAGUGUCUACAACAGCAGCCCAUCCCAGGAAGAGAGCGUCCCGUGUCGCUCACAGCCGCUAAACUCCUUUGGGUUUGCCAGCUCUUAUAUUGCCAUGCAUUAUCACACCACCAACGACUUAAUGCAAGAAUAUGACAGCACUUCGGCCAGGCAGAUUCCGGUCCCCUCCGUUUAGAGUCACAGAGACCAGAGGAUCUUGUGUAAACUUUUUUUUGUUUCUGAUACUAAUUGAUUUUUUUUUUCACUUUUGUGAGGCCGGUAGUGGAACAAAACAAAGAUUCAACUAAACGGUUGGCAGUGAUGAUUUUCUUUGGUCUGAAGUACUAGCAUCUAUUGGUUUGCUCUGUGCUUUCUUGACAUUUAAAGAUUUAAUGUAAAAGUUUAUUAUUUAGAUUUUUACCCUGACCUGUGUUCCAAACUUUUAUACUAAACUUUCACAUAGAUGCUCUGCAUCCGUUUAAAGGGAUGACUCAUGCUACUCUGUUAAAGUGGAAGGUGAACUGAUGGUGAUCGUCUGACUGAGUGUUAUAGUCCUUCGAAGUACAUGUGAGCUGGGUAGUUUAAAGAAUGUAAAGGUAUGAUCUUUGCUGAGAUGUUAUUUUUAUUAAUUGAAUUAUGAACUUUGAUUCUUUGAAGUAUUGAAAUGGGGAAAUAUACAUUUUUUGGUAGCAGACUUAUUUGAAUAAAUAAUAUAUUGUUAAAGCAGAAAAUCAGAAAUAUAUUAUCUGUAAUGAUCUUUACCAAAAAUACACAGGUAUUAGGCACUUUCAUAAGGCAGUCCACCAAGAAUAUAGUAUUAUGAUUUUUAUUAUUUCUUACUAUAGACAUUGUUCUGUGUCAGUGGAGUAGCUAUAUAGUUCUUUUAAAAAGAAAGAUGUGGAGAAGCGGGAGGAGACUGCACCAUGGCUCCGGGGCCCUGGUUCUCCACAUACGAUUCUACUUGCCAAAUCACACACAAGAGGUUGCUGAGAAAAUUCAACAAUGAAACCAGUAAGAAAGAAAUGGUGGAAAUACAACCAGGGUCCAGCCUGAUGACGGGAGGGGCCAAGCAAGGCGUCCCAAACCCUUGGCCCUUUGAGGAGCUGGAGGAGACCAGAGGCUUGGGUUUUGAUGAAACCCGGCAAUGGCAGCAGAAAAAUCAUCCAGGGACAGGACACAGGCCUUGAUGCCCUUUCUUCUGUCAUCAGUCUCCAGAAGCAAAUGGGGCGAGAGAUUGGGAAUGAGCUGGUUGAACCAAAUGAGAUGUUUGAUGACCUCGCCAACCUGGUGGAGACAACAGGCGAGAAGCUUUGCACUGACACCAGGUGUGUGAACUUGGUGGACAGAAAGUCAGCACCUUGCAGGAUGAGAAUGGUGAUUUUGCUGCUGCUCGCGGCUGUCGUCGGUCUGCUUGCGGUCUGGCCUGCCACAUGGUGGCAAUAAAGAGACCAGCAGCUGUGACCCGCCGGUGAGGGAGGAAAGCUUAGCACCCAUGCGAUACAUGAAAGCUGCUCUCAAUAAAUUCCCUCAAAGCUCUGGAAGAAAAGAAAAAAAAGAAAAAGAUGUUUUUCCGUGAUAAGCGUGAAUUAUUCUAUUUCGAAUGGUCUUACCCAGGAGUCCUAGUGAAGAAGACCGCACCCAUGGGAGAGGUGUGCUGUUUUGAGGGGAGGCGGUGCUGCAAGGGUCCACCUCAGCCGCGUGCUGUUGUGUGGAAAGCAGCCCGGCUGCUGCAUGUUGGACGAUCUUUAUUUCCCAAGAAGGGAUAAGGAUGAGAAUGGGAAUGUUUUGAUUCAUACUUUCCUUCUGUGUGAGAAUGGCUUGUUAACAACCUGACAAAAAGUUUCUGAGUAACUAUUCAGAAAUAUUUUUUGUCUUACCUAUUGUGGUGGAAAAAUUCUUAAGAUGUAUUUUUAAACGAAUUGUGUUAGUUCCCUCGCAUCAAUCUUAAACUGGAGAUGGGCAAUAAGGAAAAAUGGAUUAAGUAUUUCUACACCUAAAACUAAUUUUAUUAUAUACAGUACUCUGUGAUUUCUAGCAUAACAACUGUAAAUUCAUAUUUUUAUGUCAAAAUAUUUUCAUUCUACAGUUAGCAUUUGAACUUGUUACAGUUUUGGAACAAUAACUGCUAGACACAAGAUGAGCAUCAAGAAACAAAAUCUAUCUUUAUAAACUGUUGUAUUCAAGAACCGUCAUUGCAGAUUGGAAGGCAUUUUAUUCCUGCGGAUGAGUGAUCAUCAAUUCACAGCACCCCCCCCCCCCUCGCCCCCGGGCUGUUCCGAAGCACAGAGGCUCAGGAGAUGCUGGGCUGGAGCUCUGCUCAGCCUCCUUGCACGGCUCUUACCUUUCGGUGCCAGCCGGGCACUCUUGUUUCUGAGACUGGUAUGAGAUGUGGGUUUGAUUUUUUUUUUUUAAUUCACCUUUUAGGGCUCCUUCCUUCCUGUCUUUCCCUUCUUCCUUUAUUUUUGCUAUUCAAUUUUACAAUAAAAGAGAAAAUAUCCACUCUUUUUUUUUUGUAAUUGAGUGCUAUUUUUGGAAGUCACUAUGACCUGUUUCCAUUGUGCUUUUAUUUUUACUAUAACACUGUUUUAUUAAUGCUCUCAUGAGAUAGGUUAGUAUAUUAUCUCUUUUUUUUAACAAAGAAGUAUGAUAUCUAGUAUCUUCUCCCAAGAGCAUUUGAAGAAUUGUGGCAAUUUAGAAAUCAGACUUUGUCAAAAUCAGAGCCUAGUAUUUAUUCCAAUAAGCCAGACAGCUUCAUAAUUAAUAUUAAGAAGAUAUUUCACACUUUUAAAGGUAGUAUUCCUUUUUGGGCCAGGCAUUUCAAAUGUGAUUCAAUAGAAGAUUAAAAAUAAUAAUUUCUACUUAUAAAAUUAAAGAUGACAGUUUUUCCUUUGUGACCUUUGAGAUGACUCAUUUUGGGGAGGUACAGAUUGUAGUGUAAAGAAAACUAAGCAUGUGCAUAGGAGACCUCUUUGUGCUCAUCAAUGAAUUGUUGAUUUAAUUUGCAUGAAGUACAUGUGGGCUAGGUUCUUAGCCCUCCUCCACAUCUGCAUCUGCAGACACAGAUCUACAGACACAACUUCUCUCUUCAUAAGGGCUAAAAUGAGAACUGAAAGCAAUGAGAAUUCAGUGGAGUAUGACUAAUUAUCAGGGUAUAUUAACCAGUUCUCUUCAUGCUUUACUGUGAUGCAAAUCAUGUGUGUAUUUCAAGCAUUUUAUAAUUGUUCUGAUGUUAACCAUUAGGCCAGAUUUGUAUUUCUGAUGCUUUUAAUGUUCUUUUAAAAUAAUGUUUGGAAAAUAAAAAUAUUGAAAAUUCUAACAUUUCUGAA